AAUAUACCAAUUAUCACCCCCCCCCCCCCCUCUCAAUAGUUUUGCUCAUACCACUCGGACCUUGUUAAGCAACAAGAGCGUUUGGUAACGUCGCUCUCACUGCACCGAGUCCAUGUUGGUUUGGUGAGCCAAAUAAUACGGCGCCCUUUUCUUUUCGAUCAAUAAAAUAAUUGUUCCCCGUAUUGCAAGGAUGAAUGCAUUGAACAAACCCACGACAUCGGUCUUCUAUUGUUAAAACCCUCACCCGGUUUUUUUUUUCAUAAACCCUACGCUGUAUAUAUUGCACCGGGUCACCGAGAUAUGUGCGAGUUGGAAUAAUGUUUUCAGCAUUAACUUCUGAAUUUUAAAACAGUCUGACAGGAUUUCAUAAUUUACUUGUGUGACAGCGGACUCGUCAAUAAGUGGUAUUAUCAGGAAGAUUUAUAAGCAUGGUCGAUCUGUUUAUUCAUCAGUAGGAACAUGAACUGACGGAUUGAGAACCUUAAUUUGUGUAUUUUGGAUAAGCGAAAGUUUUGUGCAAUGGCAACUGCAGAAACGAGUUCCUUUAUAGCGUCUAGUCCAAACAACAAUGACGUUGAUGAUAUCACCCAGUUUUCAAUGAAGGAGGUGGCUCUUCAUUCAGAUCGUGGUUCGUGUUGGCUUGUCAUUAAAGAUUUUGUCUAUGAUGUGACGUCAUUUAUUUCAGAGCAUCCUGGCGGAUGGGAAAUUAUUAUGGAGAGGGCAGGUACUGACGCAACUUAUGCCUUCGAGGGGAAGGGUCAUUCUGAAGACGCAAAGAAGCUGCUAGCUGGCUUUAUGAUUGGUCAAUUAAAUACGAACGAGCGUCUGGAGAAAGGUUGACAACUACUAGUCCUUGUUUUUAUUAUUAAGUUAAAUGGUAAAUAUAUCAUAAAUAUGCAAUAUCACGGUGUCUUCUUGUCUUAUGAGAAAUAAAGAAGUCUAUUUUUUUAAAGUGUAUAGUAUAUACAUGUAUGUGUAAUUCGCGCUUUUGGAUGCAGCUUUGUCAUUAUAUUAGUCACUUUUAUUCAAUCAAAAUUUGUAGCAAUUGAGUUUUAAUCGCAAUUUUUUUUUCCCUGAUAUAUAUUCUUAUGUGCAGAUAUGAAUCAAGAAUAUAAAUCCUUUUAUUUUGCACCUGGGUAGGUGUGGUUUCGAUUGCUUAUAGAAGAAUUAAGAAGGCAUUUAUUACAGCUUUUGUGAAUAAUACUGGUAUAUUCUUCUAUACUGUCUUUCACUCUUAAAUAUCUUGUGAUGAUAAUGCUGCAAACAAGUAAAUAUACACCAUUAUGGCAAAAAUAAAUCCAUUUCAAAUUUUAAUGAAUUGUUUAUUGUAGCCUGCGUCAGCUGUAUGUAAACUACAAGAUGGACCUAGGGGCUUCCAGGGUCUUUGUGAGAAUACUAGGAAACUGGCACAUAUUGAAAAGAUAUGAUUUAUGUUAUCAGGCAUAAAUCAUAAGUAUUAUAGUGAUAACAAUAUACCACGAGGGUAAUUCUUGAUUGAUUUUUAUCAUAUUCAUUACAUACACGUAUGUAUUCAUUUGCUUUAUACUAUGUAUUUGUUUACCUCUAUAAUGUAAGAUUAUGCUAAAGUACUGGAGUGGAUCAUAUAUUUCAUAAAAGUGGGGGCAUGUUAUGGCACAUUAAGGUAUAAUUGCACAUUUUGGUAAAUUACCAAACGGCACAUAUUAGUAAAUUGCACAUUUGGGUAAUUUAACAAAAACGUGCAAUUUACCAAAAUGUGCCGUAACAGGGUGCACUAAUCUUUUUUAAACUAGAAAUUUGACGUGUCCAAAGGACACAGAUGCCCCCGCUUAACGCAAUCAGAAAUUCAUUCAAUAUGAUUGAACUAAAUAUCGUGCAGAAACCAAUAUGCAUAUAUGAAAUGAACAAAUUAAGACCUUUGAACCAACUCACAUAUAUAAUGAGCUUUGACCUGUGGACUCCGAAUUUAAACUUAGCCUGUAUUUUGGUGUCAUCUACCUACACACCAAAAUUGUUUUUAAUCUGUUGAAUAUUUCAUAAGUUAUUAUGUGGAAACCAACUAGCAUAUUUAAUGAGCUGUGACCUUUGACCUGCGGACUCUGAAUUCGAACUUAGCCUUUAUUUUGGUGUCAUCUACCUACACACCAAAAUUAUUUGAAAUCCAUUAAAUACUUUUUGAGUUAUUGCGUGGAAACCAACUCACAUAUUUAAUGAGCUGUGACCUCUGACCUGCGGACUCCGAACUUAGCCUGUAUUUUGGUGUCAUCUACCUACACACCUAAAAUUUUCAAAAUCCAUUAAAUAUUUUUUCGAGUUAUUGCGCGGAAACCAACUCGCAUAUUUAAUGAGCUAUGGCCUUUGACACCGAAUCUGAACUUAGCCUGUAUUUUGGUGUCAUCUACCUACACAUCAAAUAUUUUUUAAUCUGUUGAAUAUUUCAUAAGUUAUCAUGCGGAAACCAACUCGCAUAUUUAAUGAGCUGUGACACUCGCAUAUUAAAUGAGCUGUGACCUUUCACCUGCGGACUCCGAAUUCGAAAUUAGCCUGUAUUUUGGUGUCAUCUACCUACACACCCAAAAAAUUUUUAAUCCAUUAAUUAUUUUUCGAGUUAUUGCGAGGAAACCAAGUGGGGGGACGGACGGACGGACAGGGGCAACGCUUAAUGCCCCCUCCGGACUUCGUCUGCGGGGACAUAAAAAAUGUUCUGAGAUUCAAAUAUUACUAUAAAUCCUCCGACAAACAAACAUCACCUGCCCCCCCCCCCCCAAAAAAAAGUGCAUUUUAGCAGUAUUUUCUUUAAAUUAAUACAAGCGUUAUCACUUCAGAUAAGUCCCCCCCCCCCCGCAAAAAAAAAAAAUCGACAGAUCUGCAGCCAGUAAGCUCCUACAAAUCCCUGAGGUCAUUCUCUACAUCUUCUGCUACUAAGCACCCGCGUCCAGAAAAAAGGCGUGGAAAACGGUCUCAUGACAUAAUGGUUGCCUUUUCAGCACCAUUUGUAGGUACAUGUAUCAAAUUAUGGAUUUCCAUAACUUUUCACAUGCGUUCUGCCAUUUAGGGCUGCAAAUUUAGUUGUGAAGAUUGCGCCAAUUAGGAUGCACUUUUGAGGUUGUUGGACAUGGGUGGGUAUAGCACGUCAUAAGGAGAGUGACCCAUGGGUUACACAGUCAGUCCGCAAGCCCCUGUGUUAAUGAGCAAAUGAGCAAGAUUUAUCCAAGUCCUCUCGUGGCUGAAUUCAUGUCCCUGCAAAAUCUCGUGAAUUGUGAGACUUUCUUUCUCAAAGAAUUUAACCACUUUCUUCUUGAGUAAUAUUGAUUAUUUUUGUACCAUGGGCAAGAGUAAAUGUUACCCUUUUAUAUUGGUCAUUUCUUUUGAAUGAAAUAUUUUGAUAAAUAAGUGAAUUUUUUACCUGAAAAGAUGCAUCAAACAGAAUUUUCUUCCUCUGUUUUCACUUGCAAAUUGUGCAACAUUUUGUGUUUUAGGCACCAACAUUAUUUAUAUCAUCAGAAAGCUCAAACUCUAUACUUUCUUACAAUGUCACUCUUGAUAUGUGGCAUCUUUUAGAUGGGUCAGCAGCCAGUUAUAUCCAUCAAGAUGCAAGACGAGAUUUCUGAAAUUUCUGAGUAACAUGAAAUCCAGAGUUCUGAUUGGCUGAAUACUGUUUUCAAAACAAACAGGCGCGGGUAAUUUGAAGAGAUUACCACAUGGUGAGUGUGACCUUGCAGAGGCCCAGUGUGGGGAACAUUGGAAUUUGCGUGGAUGUGUGGUCUAUGACCAAUCAGAGCGCAGUAUUCUUGUUUUUGAGCUGCAAGAUGUACUUGGUCUAUGAAAAGCUGGCUGCUGACCCAUCUAAAAUACAUCUUCUUAUAAAAAUUAUAUCAUGUUAAAGCUUAGAUCUUCAGCCUUAUCAUGAUUUAAAAAUCAUUUGUGCCCAAACAGAAAUUAAGUGUGAAAACAACAACUUUUGUUGCAUGAAAAAAACAUUUUGUUUCAUGUUUUAGAUCAAGAGUUUUUCCUAUAUUACAACAUUCUUUUAAAAAUCCAAACACAUGACCUAAAAGAAUGAUUCUUCUUCUUUACAAAGAUACCAAAAACAUGAGAUUUUGUCAAUAUUUAGAGCAGCAAUGGCCGAAUAAAAAGAGGUGUUUUGGUUCGCACCAAGCUCAUUAACUAUGCAAAAACCCUCUAGUCAUGAAUAUCACUUGGAUAAAAGAAGCUACUUUUUCAGGGCUUGCGGACUGACUGUACAUAUUUAUUAUAUACCUCUUUUUAAUAAGUACUUCUGAAUGUACACCUGUACUUUGAUGAUGCUGAAAUCAAUUAAAACUAUGGUGAUAUGAGAGC